AUGGCAUCGACCAAAUUACUGCAGCGCCUUCGCGCCUUUUCCACCUGUGACAUCGGAGAUGCUCUUGUCAAACUCAAGUACCCAUAUGGGGGCUUCUUGGAUGGUAUUCACAUGUGGUCGCCAGAAAUGCGCUCCGGCCCGGCCAAAAUCAUAGGGCCUGCCGUCACGGUCAAAAUGGUUGAGGCGAACGACACCACGGCGCCUAAGCCAGCACGCCACUUUGCCGAUUGCAAUAGACCAAACAGCAUCAUGUACAUUCAGCAACCUAAGGGUCUCUACUCGGCGUGCUGGGGUGGUUUGAUGUCAACACGCGCCAAAUACCUUGGGGCUGGCGGUGUUGUUGUUGAUGGUCGCGUGAGGGAUCUUGGAGAACAUCAAGAAAUGAACUUCCCGGUUUUUGCGCGCGAAACUUCCAUACUGGGAUCAGGCUCAUUCACAAGAGCAUCAGAGAUUGAUGUACCGCUACAAUUCAACAAUGACUUGUGGAUCAAUCCGGGCGAUAUCUUGGUAGGCGACCGGAAUGGUGUUGUGGUUGUCCCUCCGUCUUUGAUGGAAAAUGUCAUCAACCUUUGCCAGGAGCGCUUUGAAAUUGAUGAAAAGACCUUUGCUGCUCUCCGAGAUGGCGAGGAAAUGGGAACCACACUUGCUAGAUUGCGAAAGUGA